AGCCAACGUCUCUACGCACGGACUGUGAGUGAUAGCGACAGUGCUAGCCGAAACUACACCUACUUUAUACCCUCAGCUGGCGUAUAAAAACACCAGUCAUGGGGAAAUCAUUUGCGAAUUUCAUGUGUAAAAAGGAUUUCCAUCCCGCUUCGAAGUCAAAUAUCAAAAAGGUAUGGAUUGCAGAGCAGAAGCUGACGUUCGAGAAGAACAAGCAGGAGGAACUUAUGCAAGCCUACCUGAAAGAGCAGGAGACAUACAACAACAGGUUGUUGAUGGGGGAUGAUCGUGUCAAAAAUGGCCUUAAUUUUAUGUACGAGGCUCCACCUGGAGCAUCUAAAGAGGAAAAGAAAGAGGAGGGAGAAGAAGAAUACAAAUUUGAAUGGCAGAAGGGAGCUCCCAGAGAGAAGUAUGCAAAGGACGACAUGAAUAUUAGAGAUCAGCCAUUUGGAAUCCAGGUGCGUAAUGUGAGAUGCAUCAAAUGUCACAAAUGGGGCCAUGUGAACACAGACAGGGAGUGCCCUCUCUUCGGGCUUUCGGGAAUCAAUGCCAGCUCUAUGGCUUCAGAGGAGGCAGCAGGUCCGUCGAUGCACCCCUCCGAGUUAAUGGCGGAGAUGCGAAACAGUGGGUUUGCCUUGAAAAAAUGUGUCCUUGGUAGGAACGCUACAGUUUGUGAUCCAGCGCAGGAUUUUGUUGCUAGUGAGGAAGAGGAGGAUCCUGAGGUGGAGUUUCUGAAGUCAUUAACCACCAAACAAAAACAGAAGCUUCUCAGAAAACUGGACCGCCUGGAAAAGCAGAAGGCCAAGAAGAAGAAAAGUAAAAAACAGAAAAAGAAAAGCAAAAGAAAGCACAAGAAAAAGCAUGAAAGUAGCGACAGCUCAAGUGACUCCUCCAGUAGCAGUGGCAGCAGCAGUAGUGAUAGUGACAGUGGCUCCGAUUUAGAGAGCCGGGGCAAGUUCAAGAGCCAGAAGAGAAAGAAGAACAAGAAAAAAGAUUCCUGUCGGGAUAACAGCUCAAAGAGCGAGCGACAAGUCAAGAGUCAGAAAAGGGCCUCCUCUCACAGGAGCAGGUCAGCGAGCCCUCACACCAGACAGAAGCGGCCUGAAGAGGAGUCAGCAGAUUACAGACAAACAAGGACAGAGAGGGGAAGGAGCAGGAGCCCGCAAAACAGGAUGAAACCGGAGGGAGGUCAAGAGAGAAAGAGACACAGCAGCAGGGACAGGCAGAGACCGAGCAGCUCCAAGUCCGCUUUGGACAGAAGUAGGAGCCGUGAGAGAGGCAGGGAGGACAGAGGUAAAGAUGGGCGUCACAGCGGAGAUGGGGAGAGGAACAGAAGCAGCACAGAUGGAAGGAGAGGCAGAACAGCAGAGGGGAGGAGCAGAAGCAGGGAGAGGAGGAGAGACAGGGAGGAGAGGGGAAGGAGCAGGAGUAGGAGCAGGGAGAGAAAAGAGAGAAGUCAAGACAGAGCAAAAAGAAAGCACUGAUGGUUUUUAUUCACUCUUUACAACAGUACACAAAACUUAAAAUUAUCUGAAUGUUUAUAGAGGACUGUUCUGUUGUAGUGUCCCUUUAUCUAAAAAUGCAAAAUAUGUGUGCUCGUCUCCUUUUCCUCCAGCAGAGGGAAGCAGUUGACAGGAAAUAUGGAGAUGCAGCGUUGCUCUCUUGUGCUGUCUUACAGUCUGUGAAAGGAUCCAAAUUAAUUGAUGUGUAUUGGAAGCAAUUAGCAGCUAUGAUCUGUUGAUGGAAAAUGUUUAAUAAUUUUAAUAGUCAGCUUGUAACUAAGUGGACCCUUUUUGAUGCUGUACUUUUUUUUGUUUAAAUUCAAAAUUGUCUCUUUUUAUUUUGGGAAUAUAUACAUUGUAUUUCGGAGUUGUGGAAUAUAAACAUUGCACACUGUACUGUCUGGGCGGCUGUAUGUUCCUGGAGAUCAAACGGGACUUUUAUUUUGUAAUUAAAUUUUCAACCACC